GCUGCAUCCGUGCUCAAAAUGAUCAACGUUCUCGUCAACAAGCCCAACCGCGUUGUGGAUAAGCAGAGGCUCGUCCAGGCCUCGCACGAGCCCAUCUACUACCGUCUCCCCCGGUCGAAGCUCUACGUCCGCUCCUACUACGCCCUCUUCACCGUUGGCAUGCUGAGCACGGCAUUCGGCGCGUUCCAGCUCAUCCGGGGCAAGCCCUCUGGCGAAUAGAUGCUGUAGCACACAAUUACGAGGAGAAUGCAAUAAUCCCUUAAUACAUCUGCUGGACGCUAUCCUUGGAAAGCACUCGUAUCGCUGGCCGUACUAUAUGUCCUGUCGCACUCCUUAAGACACUAUACCAUACGUCCGAUAUCUUCCGAGUCGAGCCUCGGCUAUUGGUCUAGACGUGAUGCCAU